AUGUCAUGGUGUGCUGAAAUCCGAUCUAUUCUAUCAAGAUUGCGAUGGUGUGACGCGUCCAGUGACGUGGAGGGGGCGCUAAGCGACUUGGAAAAGAUUUUUGUACAGUCCGAGGCCUGGCGAUGGUCAAAGAUUGAUGACAUAGUUACUCUCAACACGGGCGUGGUGCGCCUGGCGGAAGCACAAACCCAGUUUAAUCCUUGGAAAAACGCUUUCGAGAAGGUUGUUUGGAAAUCAGACGGUGCAUUGUGGAGUCUGAUGUUGAGAAGCGAUCCAAAAGCGUUGCGGAAAGCGAAUAAAGCGCAAUUGGUCUUCGUCAAAGGGUUUUAUCACAUACAUAACGUUAUUGAAUCGCUGUUGAAUGUCAAAGAAAUGCGAGUUGGUCUCGUUCGAGCUAAACUGCGGAUUUGCGGUGAGCUAUAUGAUCUGCAUGCUAUUCUUGACGAGUGUGCGUUGCGUAUUUGCGUAUCACCGAAAGUGAUAAUAAAGAAAGUGAGGACUUUCUUAAGUUUCUGUGUGCGAUACGCAGGCGCGUUAUCGGGGAGACAAUUCUCGAUGAAGCAUUGUGGCACUGCCAUGGUGAAACAUAUGCCUACGUCGAGUUUUGAAUGGGUUGAGAUCGACACGAAUUGGUGUAAGGCUUUCGCUAACAGUAAAUUCGUGCUAAGUAUAAUGAAAGAUAUGCGUGAGGUGAUGUCAAGUCUAGUCCUCGUUCGUUUGCUCAAUUUUUGUGCACAAUUACAAUUAAGCAUAAUUGUAACUUGA